AUGCGGAACAAGAUGAAGCAAAAGGGACAAUGUCCCUCCGUAGAUUUCCAGGCAGAYGCUCGCACCCCUCUCCUGUCCAACUCCUCGCAGCGAGAUCUGAACAUGUUUGGAAAAUCCAGCAAGCAAUCUUCUGCUGAAGUGAAGAGCACUUCAGAUGCUGGUUCAAACAAACGCAAUGAGGAAGGCGGCUCAGAAUUCGACCAAGGCCAUGUUGCCCAGCAGUCGAAACGACAGAUCGGAGUUCUAUCUGCAUCGUUUUUGAUCUUCAACAGAAUGAUCGGAACAGGAAUCUUCGCUACUCCCAGUAGCAUUCUGAGCCUCUCCGGCAGCGUGGGAUUGGCAUUGAUCAUGUGGGUCGCUGGUAUGCUCAUCGCCGCAGCCGGCAUGGCAGUGUAUCUGGAGUUUGGAACCGCGAUCCCCAAAAACGGUGGGGAAAAGAAUUAUCUGGAGUUCGUGUAUAGUCGUCCAAAGUUCCUGGCAACGGGCUUCUACGCGGGCUAUGUCAUUCUACUCGGAUGGGCUGGAUCGAAUUCCGUCGUGUUUGGAGAGUACAUCCUCAAUGCCGCUCAGAUUGAGGUGAAUCGAUGGAACCAGCGUGGAAUUGGUCUUGCUUGCAUAACGUCCGCUUUUUUGAUCCAUGGACUUGCUCUGAAGUGGGGUCUUAGGCUGCAGAAUCUGUUGGGAAUCAUCAAAUUGAUCAUCAUCCUGAUCAUUGUGGUUUCUGGCUGGGCUGCUCUUAGUGGCGCACUGAAGAUCGAAAAGCCUGAUAACUUUACCAACGCUUUCGAAGGCACAACAGGCAGUGCAUAUGGCGUUGUCACUGCCCUGUACAACGUUAUUUGGUCGUAUAUCGGCUACAGCAACGCCAACUACGCCCUUUCCGAGACUCGCAAUCCCGUCAAGACUCUCAAGAUCGCCGCUCCAUUGGCUCUUGGUAGCGUCUCUGUUCUCUACAUGCUUGUUAACAUAGCAUACUUCGCUGCAGUCCCCAAAGAAGRGAUUCUUUCAUCCGGCCGUAUCUUGGCGGCAUCUUACUUUCGCAAUGUGUUUGGAGGAGGCGCAGAGCGUGCAUUAUCCGUCUUCGUCGCUCUCUCAGCGUUCGGCAACGUCUUGAGCGUUAUCUUCUCUCAGGGUCGACUCGUACAGGAACUGGGCCGUGAAGGGAUUCUUCCGUUCUCCUCUUUCUGGGCGAGCAACAGACCCUGCAAUGCUCCCCUCGCUGGUCUGUUCGAGCACUGGCUGGUGAGCGUCAUCAUCAUGAUGGGUCCACCUCCCGGAGAUGCUUAUAACUUCAUCCUCAACGUCAUAUCCUACCCCUUGGCAAUCGUCAACAGCUUUGUGGCUUUGGGGUUGAUAUACCUUUAUCUCAACAAGAAAGCUUGGGACUGGUCACCACCGUUCAAAGCAACGCUCCCCGUGGCGGUCUUCUUUUUCCUAAGCAACAUCUACCUUGUUGUGGCACCAUUUGUUCCUCCCACGGAUGACAACAGCGUGUAUGAGACAUUGCCUUACUACCUACAUUGUGUCGUGGGCUGGGCAGUAAUCGCAGGCGGAGGCAUCUACUGGUUAAUCUGGGCUGUUAUUGCUCCGAAAAUUGGGAAGUAUGAGCUUGUGCGGGAGGCAUACGUAGACGAGAUUGAUGGAUGGGAGUCGCACAGGUUCGUUCGUCGGCCUUUGGUGCGGUCGUAA